GAACGGAAAGCCACAGAAAUUGAGUUCGUAGAUAAACCCACCAAACUCCGUCGCGAAAAGUUGACGUGGGCAGAUCCAUGCUUCACAUCACGUCUCUCUUCUAGACACAAUGUCGCUUCCUCACGAAAAGAACCCGAAAGGCGCCGUCUUCAUCGGGGAGAGCGAGAAUGAAAACCAUGAUGGAGUCAAAGAAACACAACAGGCAGAUACAGAUAGAGAAGCAUAUGUCGAAUCCAAGAGAACGUGGAAAUCAUUUUUCUGGUCAACACUCGAUGUUCCGAAAGAUGAGGCACGAUUCCUUACGAAGCUAGAUUUGACACUCAUAUCAGCAUCGGCUCUCGGCGUAAUGUGUCGCUAUCUCGACCAAGUCAAUAUCACGAAUGCUUUCAACAGUGGUAUGAAAGAGGAUCUUUCGUUAUAUGGAAAGGAGCUCAACUACGCCAACGCUAUCUGGAGUGCAGCUUACGUCUUCGGGCAAAUACCGUCAAACCUGCUUCUCACUCGAGUUAAUGCUCCGCUUUACAUUGCCUUCCUUGAGUUUGCAUGGACAGUCUUCACAUUUGCCACCGCAGGUGUCAAAGAUGUCAACCAGCUUUACGUAUUCCGUUUUUUCGUCGGCUUGUUUGAAGCAGGGCACUUCCCAGCCGUCAUGUACGUGUGUUCGAGUUACUACAAGCCGCAUGAACUUGCGCGGCGUAACACGCUGAUCCAAGUAUUUACCUCCGUCGGGCCACUUUUCUCCGGCUUCUUGAUGGCUGCCGUGUAUGCCGGCUUGGACGGAAAGAGUGGUCUCCCGGGCUGGCGAUGGAUGUACAUCGUUUGCGGUUGCAUUUCCCUCCCUUGUGCGAUAUGGACUGCGUUUGCCAUGCCUCAACUGCCUUCUCGGGCUAAAGCGAAUUGGAUUUUCACCGGAAAGGAAGUUGAGCUGGCCCGUGCUAGGAUGCCAACUGAAGUCAAACCGCACACUGGACUGUUCAAGUGGAAGGAUGUCAAACGCUGGCACACAACGUGGCACGUCUACCUCUUCCCGCUGUUCUUCACGUUUCUUGCACAGCUGGGCCAGUCCGGAGGAUCAAUGAUCUUCUGGGUCAAAAGCUACAACGUAGCCGAGAAGCCACCUCGCUUUUCCGUAGCAGAGAUCAAUAUUAUCCCACUCGGAAUCAACAUUAUUUCCAUCUUCGCAACCCUGGUCAACUCUUGGGUAUCGGACAGCUUGCCUGGAGCAGCUCGAUGGCCUGGUAUGUUGUUUGCCAGCGUGAUGGCCAUUAUCUUCCCCAUUGCACUGGCAGCCACACCCGUGCACCCAGAAAACAUCGCAACUCGAUGGGCAUUGUACUACCUCACGGCUCUAGCAGGCACGUGCGCUGGCAUCACAUGGACAUGGGUGAACGAAACAAAUAGACACGAUCCCGAAAAGAGGGCAUACGUGUCUGCCAUGAUGAACGCGUUUGCCUACAUUUUCACGGCUUGGGUGCCUAUUUUUACAUUCCCUGCCAAUCUCCAGCCGUACAUCGUCACUGGUAACUACAUUACAGCUGGUUUCGGAGCAGCGGCCGCGGUGACUGUACUCGUUAUCCGCCACUUCUACAACCGGGAUAUGAAAAGACAAUACGACCUCAAGAUCUGAUAGCGCUUCGGCUUCAGAGAUCAAAAGCGGUAGACGCAUCUUUUGGUCACAAGGCUUGCGUUGGUGUUCGUGGGCUCAAUAUCAUAAGUCAGGUGGUCAGCACAGC